CCGCAGCAAUCAUGGCGUUCCAGGGAACGUGAGCUACAGUCUACGGAUGCAUGGAAUUGCUCGUCCAUGCCACAAUCCAAUCCAUUCGCCUGUGCUUCUGCCCAAGUUCUGGACAGACCGUCUCCAGAAACUUGUGACUUUGUGAAGAGACGCGCUUCAAGCCGCUGUGAGGCCGUCUUCUUCUUUGGAGUUUCGGGGAAAACCAGCGCACCAGGAGCCAUGGCGACUGUCACGGAGGCCCCUACCAAGAUCAUUGACCGGCUUAAGCUGGAAGUCCUCACCCUGGACAAGGAAAUGACUGAGUCUGAACGGGCUGGCUUCAUCGAUCUUUUUGAUCGGUAUUUGGGCGGCAAGAGUGAGAGCAUUGUUUGGGACAAGAUCAAGCCGCCAACCAAGGAGCUUCUGGUGCCCUAUGCUGAAUUGGAGGAUGUGCCCUCAGGCGAUGGCGCUGUCAAAACCCUCUUGAACAAGUUGGCGGUUGUCAAGCUUAACGGAGGACUUGGCACAACUAUGGGUUGCACUGGCCCCAAGUCUGUGAUCGAAGUCAGGAACGGGAAGACGUUCUUGGAUCUCAUUGUGGAACAGAUUGAGCACCUGAACAACACGUACGGCGCUGAUGUUCCCCUGGUUCUGAUGAACUCAUUCAACACGGACGAGGAGACUGCUCAGAUCAUUAAGAAGUACGAGGACUCCAAGCUGAAGGUGCUCACAUUCAACCAAAGCAGAUUCCCCCGCGUGCUCAAGGACGACUUCACGCCCUGGCCGGCGGCCAAGCCUGGGAGGACUGACAAAGCCGCCUGGUACCCUCCAGGCCAUGGCGACUUCUAUGCUGCGAUCACGGACAGUGGGGUUCUAGACAAAUUGGUGGCAGAUGGGAAAGAAUUCAUCUUCCUUGCCAACACCGACAACCUUGGCGCCACUGUUGACCUCAAGAUCCUGAACCACAUUGUGAAGAGUCAAAUCGACUACUGCAUGGAGUUGACCGACAAGACCUUGGCUGACGUAAAGGGUGGGACCCUCAUCUCCUACGAAGGUCACGCGCAGCUGCUGGAGAUUGCUCAGGUCCCAGAUGAGCAUGUGCCAGAGUUCAAGACGAUUGACAAGUUCAAGGUGUUCAAUACGAACAACAUGUGGGUGAACCUUAAAGCGAUCAAGAACCUCCUGAAGGGCGGAAAGCUCAAGAUGGAGAUUAUUCCCAACCCCAAGGAUGUCGAUGGCACGCAGGUUCUCCAGCUGGAGACCGCCGCCGGCGCUGCUAUCCGGUUCUUUGAGAAGGCCGGCGGUUGCAACGUGCCGCGGUCUCGCUUCCUCCCCGUCAAGGGUUGCUCCGAUCUCCUACUCGUCCAGUCUGAUGUGUAUGCUCUCAAGGACGGCGCCCUGGUACUAAACCCUGCUAGGACGAUUCCCAAGGCCCCGCUCAUCGAGCUGUCAAACGAGUUUAAGAAGGUUGCCGACUUCCAGAAGCGCAUCAAGUCGAUCCCCAGCAUCAUGGAGCUGGAGAGCCUGAAGGUGUCAGGCGAUGUCCACUUCGGCAAGAACGUCACCCUCAAGGGCAACGUGGAGAUCGAGGCCAAGAAGGGGGAGAAGAUUGAGAUCCCCGAUGGGGCAAUUCUUGCUGACAAGAAAAUCACGUCUCAGGCCGACUUGUAGAAGGUACCGUUUUGCCGUUGUAUUGUAAUUGUACUCAACUGCUACUUGUGCGACCUAGGAGGAUUCUUUUGCAAUCCAGAUCUACCGGUUGAAGAGCAAGAUUUUCCUGAUGCGGCUUGCACCUUCGAAAUGUCUUUGCAAAACCAGUAUUCUGCAAUAUCUGGAGCAUUGCUCGUUCAGCUGCGAAAUCUCCUUUCUCGG